GGCUCAGACCAAGCAGUUGCCUCGUGGCCCCCUUUGCCAAAGCCUGCCGCGCAUGGUCACUCGCGCCAGCGAUGUCGCACCGGGUGCUGGACGAAGAGAUGUCUGAGGCCUCGUCCUCCAGGGAAGAGUUGCACAAGACAGCAAAGACGGAUUGGCAGGAAGUCCUCCUGGUGCCGCUGGGGUUUGUGGCCUUCGUAGUCAUCUGUGGUUUGGACAAAGUCUUCCUCUACAGGGUCCACAAAAUUAUGGCGGACUACACGGCAGUUCUCAUGGGCAUCUACUGGCCUCCCAUGUUGCAGGCCAUGUGCGCCGUUGUGUCUCUGGGCUACGUCUGGCGACAGCGGCUAGUGACGAAGGACCCAAGCUACAGCCUCGCCUGGUUUUCCCCAUGGAGUGAAAAGGCGUCCUCUCAGGGGGCUGUGCCGCAACUCUGGAUCGCCCUGUUCGCCUUGUGGGACAUGGUGAAUGCCGUUUUGGCGGCCCCACCUUCGCCAUUCAUCCCCAUGGUCCUGCAACAGCCGCUGAAUAACAUGCUGGUUCUUUGGACUGCCCUUAUCGCUUUCUUCUACCUGAAUACACGCUUCAAGCAAGUCCACUAUGCAGGCAUUUGCCUGAUCCUUUGCUCCUGCCUGGUGGGCGUCUUAGUGGAACUGCAAGGCCCCGCGCCCAAGAUCUGCGCUGGCCUCGACACCGGCCAGGAGACGCUGUCAAACCCAGCGCUGCCCGUGCCGGACGCGACCAGGUGGCUAGUGGGCAACGCCUCUGACGAGUGCGCCAGCGGAUUGCCGCAGUACAAGGAUUCCAAAGGCCAAAUCCUCCACAUUCCCCUCGGCACCUUGGUUUUUAUGUACGGCCUCUACAUCGUUGCGGUCAUCCCUGCCGCCUUCGUCAACUGCUACAAGCAGAAGAAGCUGAAGCAGGUCAACCUCGACGUGAUGUGGUCCUUCUUUUGGACGGGGAUGUGGCAGGUGGUGUGGGGGGUGCUGCUGUAUCCGCUGGACUGGGUACCUUGGCCCACUCCCACGGGGCACAACGAGGCCACACCCAGCCAUACGACCCAGGACCUCAAGGACUCGUGGACAUGCUUCAUGGGCACGAACCCCAAACCCAGCAUCACCACCUGCGACUCGGAGCCGGCCUAUCUUUGGUUCGCCGCGUACCUGCUCUUGAAUGUCUUCUUCAAUCUCUUGUUUCUUUGGCUGAUCAAGCGCCUGUCCGGCACCUGGGCUGCCAUCGGCUCCAUUCUCUGUGGGAACCUCGGGGGCUUCUUCAGCCAAUACGAGCUCUUCGUAGGGAAGAGCGCGGCGGCUCUGACCCUGGAGCAGUGGAUGGCGCUGGUCUUAUCCUCGAUUGCAAUGUGGGUCUACAACAUCGAGGAUGAGACAGACAUCAAUGGCAUUUCCGUGUACGGCAAGAAUGAACGAGGGGACCACCGCUACGACUCCCAUGGGCCUUUGGGUUUGCAACCCGACCCGGACGAGUAUGCGUCGGAGAACGAGCCCACGGCACAGGACCACACCGUCUUGUGAGGGUGCACUGCCCAGCUGCCCAGUUCACUCCGCCCUGCAAGCAGGCUGGUGCCAACGAGGCAAGCCAAGCAAGCGCUGAAAUCACAUUGAUUCGCAGCAAGAAUCGGC